AUGGACAUGGACGGAACAGUCAGCAUACCUGCUUCAGACAACCCCGAGGAGGUUACAGAGGCAGUGACUGCGCUGGUGCGCCGGAGUCUACACCAGGAGGAGCGCGAGCUCCUGGCAGAGGACGAGUCUUUGCUCCAGCGCCUUGAAGAGCUGUUGGAGAAGCACCUGGCAGUCUUGGCCGGAUUCGGAGAGAAUGGCCCAGAAGCCCAGCCGCCUGAGAAAGUUGCCCAGCACGAGGCCGCAGGAGCAGCCUGCCUGAAGCUCGCCCGGAACUUGUCAGCUGGUCGGCCCGACAUGCAGGGCCGCUGGUGGAGACGCGGCCUGAUCGAGCGCCUCGCUGUGCAGGCACGCAGUGAUGUGGCCUCUCCAGGUGGCGAACGCUCGCCUGCAUGGUGCGAGGCGGUGCCGAGCUUUGUGGCAAAUGCCGUGGCUGGGAAUGCCGAGCUUCGCGCCGAGGCGCUCUCGGCGCUGUUUCCUUAUGGCCUGGCCGCGCUACUUGCACUUUGCUGGCGACGACCGGAUCACGGCUUCCUCCUGUUGCAGAACCUGUUUGCAGCAGGCGACGCAGGAUGCAAGGGGCUUGCCUCCGUCGAGCGCUUCGUCGAGGAGCCCUGCGUGUUGUACGUGGCUUUGAGCCUUCUCCGAGCCGUGGACGCCGAUGACCUUAGCACGGCUGUGGCCGCCAAGGCCCGCGACUGGGCAGCCAUCUUCUUCUCCAGCCUCUGGACUUCAGGCCUUUUCGCCGAGAUUUUCCGUGCCGUAGCCAGCGUGCCGGUAGCGCGCCUGCACAGCUUCCUGACGGCCGUCGCUGCCGUGCCCGGCUGGGGUGCUUUGUGCCCGCAGAAAGACGGCGAAGCUCCCGGGUCGCAGGAAGCAGCUGCGACAACCUUUGGGCUCAUCACCUCCAGACUCUGUGGGCACAAAGAGGCGCCUGGCCUGUUGUGGCACACGGUUCGUGGCCUCUUAGGAGGAUUGGACAGCGAGGCGGAAGCCAUUGACAAAGGCGGUGGCUCUUCCUCUUCUGCUCUGCGCCUAGCGCAGCAGCUGCUGAACGAUCCCAGCUUUGUGGAAUUGGCCGCGGAAGAAAUGGCCUCCGCGAUCCUGGACCUGGCAGCCCGGUGGAGACUGGAGCUGGACUACAGCCCACCUUCUGAAGACGCCUGCCAAGUUCUGGGUCUGCAGCCAGAGGACCUCGAUCUCGCAGCGCUGGCAGCCCAUCGACUCCAACCGGAGGAGGUUCCCUGCAUCAAGGAGGCAGGCGAGGAGGGAGCCUUUCGGGAGCUGCUUUUGGCCGCCGUGGAGCUGGCUGGCAUCCCAUGUGGAUCACCCUUCCCACAGAAGUUGGCAGGACUUUACCUGUCAGCCAACGUUCAGCUGCUGAAAGCGCUGCACCACUUACGAUUUGGGACUGCGGCUGUGGCGGAAGUGGGGGCGGAGCUGCCCUCGCGCCGCCGGCGGCCAAGAAGACACUGCUGCGAUGCGACUUCGAAGUCUUCUUGA